AUGUUUGCAGAAGCUUUAGCGUCGCUUCAAAGAGAGAAACUAGCUUUGAUUCAGGAGGGUCACCGUGGUUACCCCAUCGUCUACUGCUCUGACGGCUUCUGCGAGCUGACCGGCUUCACGCGGACGGAGGUGAUGCAGAAGAACUGCAGCUGCCGCUUCCUGUACGGGACGGACACCAGCGAGCACGUGGCACACCAGAUGGAGAAGGCUCUGGAGGGACGCGAGGAGUACCAGGCCGAGGUGCACUUCUACAAGAAAGACGGCGGAGGUUUCUGGUGUUUGCUCGACAUCGUUCCCAUCAAAAAUGAAAAAGGUGAAAUGGUCCUGUUCCUUUUCUCCUUCAAAGACAUCACGGAGACUCACGGCAAAGUCAACCACAGCAGCAAGAACGAAGUUUCCGACGACAAAGGAGGAAGGAGGAAGAGCAGCUCCCACUUCAGCGAGGCCCGGAAGCGUGGACGGACCAUGUUGUACCAACUGACCAGCCACUUCUCCAGCAAAGGAGACGUGCACCUGAGUGGGAGUGUGGCUGAUAAACCCUCGGUGCCGGAGUACAAGGUGGCAGCGGUGCAGAAAUCUCACUUCAUCCUGCUCCAUUACAGUGUGGUGAAGGCGCUGUGGGACUGGCUCAUCCUCAUCGCCACUUUCUACGUCGCCGUCAGCGUUCCCUACAACGUCAGCUUCACGCCCUACGCCGUCAGCGAGCGCUCCACCAUGGGCACCGACAUCGCCGUGGAAAUGCUCUUCAUUAUCGACAUCAUCCUAAACUUCCGAACCACCUACGUCAGUAAGUCUGGGCAGGUGGUGUACGACGCUCGCUCCAUCUGCAUCCACUACGUCACCACAUGGUUCUUCGUGGACCUGGUGGCGGCGCUGCCCGUCGACCUGCUCUACGUCUUCAACAUCACAGUGACUCUGGGACCAUCAGACUCUGAGACCAUCAGACUCUGGGACCAUCAGACUCUGGGACCAUCAGACUCUGGGACCAUCAGACUCUGGGACCAUCAGACUCUGGGACCAUCAGACUCUGAGACCAUCAGACUCUGGGACCAUCAGACUCUGAGACCAUCAGACUCUGGGACCAUCAGACUCUGGGACCAUCAGACUCUGGGACCAUCAGACUCUGGGACCAUCAGACUUUGGGACCAUCAGACUCUGAAACCAUCAGACUCUGGGACCAUCAGACUCUGGGACCAUCAGACUCUGGGACCAUCAGACUCUGGGACCAUCAGACUCUGGGACCAUCAGACUCUGGGACCAUCAGACUCUGGGACCAUCAGACUCUGGGACCAUCAGACUCUGGGACCAUCAGACUCUGGGACUAUCAGACUCUGGGACCAUCAGACUCUGGGACCAUCAGACUCUGGGACCAUCAGACUCUGGGACCAUCAGACUCUGGGACCAUCAGACUCUGGGACCAUCAGACUCUGGGACCAUCAGACUCUGGGACCAUCAGACUCUGAGACCAUCAGACUCUGGGACCAUCAGACUCUGGGACCAUCAGACUCUGAGACCAUCAGACUCUGGGACCAUCAGACUCUGGGACCAUCAGACUCUGGGACCAUCAGACUCUGGGACCAUCCUCAACAAGACAGUGGGUCAUUCAUUGGCGUCUACAUCAUCAUAACUCCCUGUUUGACCCUUCUCCUUCAGACCUCGUUGGUUCACCUGCUGAAGACCGUGCGGUUGUUGCGGCUUCUGCGGCUGCUGCAAAGACUGGAUCGUUAUUCUCAGUACAGCGCCAUGGUGCUGACCCUCCUCAUGUCCGUGUUCGCCCUCCUCGCUCACUGGAUGGCCUGUAUCUGGUAUCUCAUUGGACGGAAAGAGAUUGAAACUGACAACUGGGACAUAGGAUGGCUGCACGAGUUGGGCAAACGGCAGGAGACCCCGUACCUGAACGGCUCCGUGGGCGGCCCCUCGGUAGAGAGCUCCUACAUUGCCGCUCUCUACUUCACCCUGAGCAGCCUGACCAGCGUGGGCUUCGGGAACGUCUGCGCCAACACGGACGCCGAAAAGAUCUUCUCCAUCUGCAUCAUGCUCAUCGGGGCGCUCAUGCACGCUCUGGUCUUCGGGAACGUGACCGCCAUCAUCCAGCGCAUGUACUCUCGCCGCUCGCUGUACCACACGCGCAUGAAGGACCUGAAGGACUUUGUGCGCGUGCAUCACCUGCCGCAGCAGCUCAAGCAGCGCAUGUUGGAGUAUUUCCAGACCACGUGGUCCGUCAACAAUGGCAUCGACGCCAAUGAGCUGCUCCACGACUUCCCGGACGAGCUGCGCGCCGACAUCACCAUGCACCUGAACAAGGACAUCCUGCAGCAGCCCGUGUUUAAAGGAGCCAGUCGCGGCUGCCUGCGCUCCCUCUCGCUGCACAUAAAGACUUCCUUCUGCGUCCCUGGAGAGUUCCUGAUCCGACAGGGAGACGCUCUGCACGCCAACUACUUUGUCUGCUCCGGGUCGCUGGAGGUGUCCAAGAACAACACGGUCCUGGCCAUUUUAGAGAAGGGGAACCUGAUUGGCUGUGACCUGCCCAUGACGGAGCAGGUGAUCAAGACCAACGCAGACGUGAAGGCGCUGACGUACAGUGACCUGCAGUACAUCAGCGUGCGGGGGCUCAGGGAGGUGCUGGAGCUCUACCCCGAGUACGCCAACGUCUUCAACGCCGAGAUCAACAACAACCUCACCUACAACCUGCGCGAAGGAAGCCAGGACGAGGUACCGGCCCCUUCUCCUACUGCGGUGUCCAAACUUCUCAGUCAGAGGGCCACUUUAGUUCUCCAGACCAGUCCAGGGCCCAAGAUCACGGACUGA